UCCGCGGGUCCUGGUGUAAAAUGGCGCCCUGAGAAAUAUGAGUUGUUGAGAAAAAAAACAACAGUUGGCCAGCUAACGAAAAUAAAGAACACUAAAGAAUAAAGCAGCUCCCGGGGAAACGUCGGUAGCACGUAGCCCCCUGUGCACUCGAAGAGGACCGACGUUUCGAGGGCAGAGAAGAGCGUUUGAGGAAGAGAGAUUCCACCUAAAGAAGACGACACUGCCAACAGCCAUGAAUAACUCCCUGGAUGGAUCAGGCUCCUACGAGGAGCUUGUGAGGCAGAAAGCUCGGAGCAUCCCUCAGCAUCGUAUGAAGGAGUUCCUUGAAUCCUUGGCCAGCAAGGACCCAGAUGCUCUGCUAGAGUUCAGCCAGCAAGUCGGAGACACUACGACCACCACCACCGCCACCACCACCAUGGUCUACCAACAAGAGGCUAACUGCAUCUACACAGACAGCACAGAGGUGGCAGGGUCAUUGUUGGAGCUGGCUUGUCCGGUUCAGCCGCCGCAGCAGCAACAGCUACAGCUACAGGAGCCUGAGCAGCAGUCUGUACAACAGAAUGUAGAGCAACAGAUAGUUCAGGUGCAGAUUCAGGGCCAGCAGCAAGGUCAAAUGCUGGGUCAGGUCCUCCAAGUGCCCUCUGGCUCACAUCAACAGCUCCAAGGCGUGACUACUGCACAGCUGAUUCAGGCCGGGGAUCUCACUGAAGAGCAGCAUCAGCAGCUGCAAGCCCAGUUGGUGGCAGCUGUUGCAGGGGGACAACAGAUCCAAAUCCAGACAGUGGAGGCCAUGUCUCCCAGCGAGCAGCAGGACAGUAUGGAGAGGAGAGCACUGGGGACCACCGUUGCCACAUCACAGGGAGCAGGGGUCCUCCAGCCCGCCAAAAAGCGUAAGGUCGACAUGCCCAUUACUGUGUCCUAUGCCCUGCCUGGUCAGCAAGUAGCCACAGUUCUGGCUAUCCCCCAGGGACAGGGCCAGCAGCAGAGCUACGUGUCCCUGCGGCCAGACCUCCUAACCGUGGACAGCUCCCACCUUUACAGCGCCACCGGCACUAUCACCAGUCCCACAGGGGAGACCUGGACAAUCCCUGUGUAUUCUGCUCCCGCUGGCGCCGGAGGCCGCGAGCAGGUCACGCACAUCACCAUCCCCCAGGAGGCCUACGGGACAGUGCAGGUUUCGGGGCCAAACACUACAACAAUGACCACAAUGCCAACGCACGUUACCGUUGAAAACGACAAGGUGAAACUUCAGAGUCAGACGGCGCAGGCCGUUUCAAGCAUCACAAGCCCCGGGGGGAUGUGCGGCCAGGAAGAAGUGGUGCACACGCUGUCUGCGAACACGCUGUUCCCAGCCCAGCUGAUGAACGGAAACAUCCACAUCCCAGUGGCAGUGCAGGGCUACUCCAACACCACCCAGUCCCUCAUCUGGGAUCCACAGCAGCAGGUUCUGCACACACAAGGACUGUCAGGGCAGGAAGCCCAGCAUCUGCAGGUGCUAACGCAGGGUCAGACGGUGGUAACAGAGGUGGAUGGUCAGCAACACGUGCAAGUGCAGGAGCUGCUGCUGCCGGCCACCCUGAAGCCAGAGGAGGGGCUGGAAGUAUGGCGGCUUUGGGCUCAGCGGAAGAACGCAGAGUUGGAAAAAUCAGACAAAAACAAACUAGCCCCAAUUGGCCGACGCCAGGCACUGCGUUUCCAGGAGGACUUGGUGUCGUGUGCGGUAGCCGAGCUCUGCAUGGGUCUCUCUUUGAUGACCACGGAAGCUCGGGGUUUAGAGGAGGACUCUUAUGAGGCUGAUGUUCUCUACUAUGUAUUUCUGUGCAUACAAAAAUAUCUGUUUGAUAACGGUCGCGUGGACGACGUUUUCUCAGACCAGUACUACACUCGCUUCGCUCACAGUCUGCACCAGAUCCUGGAGCCUUGGAGGUCCUCUGUUCAUCCGCUCGGUUAUAUUAUUCCUAGUCAUGUGACGGAGGAGAUGCUGUGGGAAUGUAAACAGCUGGGAGCCCAUUCUCCCUCCACGCUGCUCACUACUCUGAUGUUCUUCAACACCAAGUAUUUCCACCUGAAGACAGUGGAGCAGCAUCUAAAAGUGGCCUUUUCCAAAGUGCUGAGACACACGAGAAAGAGUCCCAACAACCCCAAAGACAAGAGCACCAGCAUCCGAUACCUGAAGUCCACGGAGCGCUUCAUCGGCCAGAAAGUCACAGACGACAUGUACCUGGAGCAGCUGGAGGACCCGGAGAACCCGCUGCGAUGCCCCAUCAAGCUCUACGACUUCUACCUCUUCAAAUGUCCGCAGAGCGCCAAAGGACGCAAUGACACCUUCUACCUGACCCCCGAGCCCGUGGUGGCCCCCAACAGCCCCAUUUGGUACUCCACGCAGCCCAUCUCCAACGAACAGCUGGAGCAGAUGCUCUCCCGCAUCCUCGCCGUCCGCGAAAUCCAGGAAGCCCUCAACAUGGCGGAGAGCGGCCACUAGUCGCCCCGGAGGACACCCGGCUGCUCCCGGCUCCUCCCCCUCGCCUCCCUUCAGUCGUCUCUCCUCUCACGCCCUCCUGUGGUCUCAGAAGGGCGUGUCCAUGUUUAUAUUCACCAUGUGGCGCCGUGUCUUAAAUUCAGACAACAGAUACUCAUUUGUCUUAUUUGAGCGACCUCUUUUUUCUUUAUUUUUGGCCAAAGGAUGUCUAAUCAUGUAUUGAAAUGAACUCUUUAAAUGUUAUUUUGAACUGUUGGUUCUCCUUUUUUUUACCAACAGUCUGAAAUGAUCAUUUGCUGUUUAGUGCUAAUCUGUAAUAUAUUUCACAUAUUCUCCCCCUGCGCUCUGCUGCUUUCCAUAGACACCCUUUGUUGCUGCACCCUUCAUCUGCCUUGGUCACCGUUCAGUAUCACAGUGAAUACCUCAAUCACUUCCGCCCCUCACCAUAGGCCCUUUGUGUUGGUUCACACAUCAGGAAACAGACUUUUCGACCUGCAGAUACGAGCACUUACCACACGGUGGGGAGUUCUGGAAUGCUGCUGGAUCCUCCUCCUCCUCGUCCUCCUCUCUGCGUUUUCAUCUGCAGGCCAUUGCCGCCCCCCCGGCCCCCUCCUCCCAGAGAACUCACUCGGAUGAGUUAUAUAUUGUAUGAUACAUGUUAAUACACGACAGAUGAAAGACUCAGAAGUGGGUCAGCCCCUUUUAUGUUCUGUAAUGCCAGAUACUCAUAGCUCCUUAGUGUACUUAGUGUUUUUGAAACGUGACCUUUGUUGGGCGGGGCGGCUGCACAUGCAUCCUUUUACGAAAGUACAAUGGGAGAUAAAACAUGGCACUUAUAAAAUAAAUUCUGAAUAUAAAGUAAUCUCACAGAGAUCCAAAAACAUUGAAUUGUGCGUGUGCAUGCGGCCUCGUGUCAUCAAGGUCACAGAGUCUCCCAGCGGAAGAACCGGCUCCUCCUGACGGGCCGGCUGCUUCCCUUUUGUGUUCUUUUCACUCUGGCUUCAAUGCAAACGUCUGCGUCGGCUGGUAUUUGUUUGCACCUCGUCGGGCCGGUUUCCCACAGCGUCUCUUCCCCCCCCCCCUUCCCCCAAGCUGCCGUGUGAGGGCCUGCAUACCGGCCCCUCCUGCAGCCCGUGGCUGUGCUCGCUUUGGGAGUCGUGCCUCCCUCAGUGCGCGGCGGUAUUGAACCAGGAGGGCAGCAGCCUCCUCAGCAGCUUCCCGGGGUGAAGGGCGUGCUGCGCGGGGCUCUGCCGCUCAGGGGGCGGGGCUCUACUCCUACUCCUCCUCCCCCCCCGGCCCGAGGAGCCGUGGGGCUGGUCUUCAGCGUGCCGGUCGGUGCCUGAACUCGCUCCCUGACUCAGUGACCUGUUGACACAAAUCAAGAGUUUCAUAUUUGCUGUGUUUCUUCACAAUGGCUAAUGUAACCUGAGGUGGAGGCGUUCUCACCGGGCGGAGGCUCCUCCGCUGAGCCAGUUCAGCAGACACUGAUGAACUAGCAGGUACUGCUCCUGAGGACACACAAAGGCACGAGUGAGCCGGGCUGGAGAGGACACGGUACCGAUCAGGUGUGGAGGUGACGAGGAUGUGCCCUUUGAAGGCCACGGCCCAGAAGUUCAUGGGGGAAAAACGGAGAUUUCUCCAUUUGAUAAAAGGGUUUUUCAGAAAAUAAACGCAACGUUUAUGAUAUUUUA